UGGAAGUGACUUUUCUAGGGAAGGACGCAGUCAGAGACCAAAGACGUAUUUUGGGUGCUUGUCAACUUUCAGUGUAACACCAAACGCUGAAAGUCUACGGCACCUUUCAUCCCAGGCUCUCGGAACAGAUAUAAGGGACUCGAUGGACUCCCUUCAGAAGACAGCUCUAUGCCUCCUGUUCCUGUCCAUUUCUUCGGGUGCUUCCGACAGCCAAUUUGCAAGCUUCAACUGCAGCAGCAACAAGAUAGAAUAUAACAAAACUGCUGUAAUUUCAUGCAACAGCAGCAAGAAGAUUACAAAUGUGGCAGUUACGCACUGUGAAAGUUGUGCUAAAGAGAACUCGUCCUUCAAAACAGUUAUUAAUACAUGGAAAAAAAUUUUUUUGAGUGAAGAUGGAAGAAUUCAGUUGAAGCUACACACUUAUAGUGCAGAAGUGCACAUACAGAAAGUAAAAGCCACUGAUCAAGGAGGUUAUAAAUGGAAUCUUUAUUCUGACGCUGGGGAAUAUCAUAGAUGUACAGCCCUGGAGAUUACAGCUCCUGAAACUGAGCCUAACUUCAUUUGGAACGGAACCGAGCUUUCCUGCCAGUCACCGAUAGGGCAUCAGCAAAGGCAGAUCCACUGGUUCAACGGCCACGGGACCAACCUGACGGACAGAGCAAGCCUAGUAGCCGAGGAAGUAGAAGGUGGCUUAACCAGCCUUACCAGCACACUCCAUGAGAGCCCCAACUUAACUGCAUCCGGGUAUUGCUGCGUGGUGGUGUAUGACAUGCACACCAAGAGAAACAAAGCCAAGUGCCUCAGUGCAGACACAGUCGAGAACUAUCUUCGAUUUACUUCAAACUCAGGUUUGGAAAUUCCGAAGACUGGAAAAGGCCAUGUUGCCACCAUUCUAGUGCUCCUCUUUCUGGUGCUCUGCUGUUUUGCAGUGAUGCUGUACUACAAGUACCGCCAGCGAGCAGCCGUCAAAAGGAAUCUUGUAGACUUGUUCCGGAGCCUGCCGCUGAUUCUGAGACAACAUGACAGAGAAGAUGAAAACGGUUUUACAGAUGACAAAGCAGUUGAAAAUGAACCUAACCUGUCAAAACAACCGGGCGUGUGAAAACAAGACGACUCCUAACAGGAAACAAUGAUGGUCCAGCUUGCCCAAUGCAACUGAAUUAAAGCAAAGCAGAAGACACAGAAUCAGACAAUCAGCUAAUAAAUGCUACGCAAACAAGCAAUAUGAAGCAACUGACACUUUAAAGAUCUUUAUUUGACACGUCUGUUUUGCAGAUUAGGGGCUAACUGCUCCUCUCAGUUUCACUGGAGUAAUUCAAUGGAAAAUGUGGCCUGAUCAUUUGAGCAAAGUCCAUUCCUUCCUUGAUGCUUUAAGGCCAUAUUUCCCCCACUUCUGAUGGCAUCAAAUCUUUGUUUCCUAUCUUUCGGAAUGACUAAGAUGGCAGCUAGAUGUCUAUAACACUGUAUCCCUUGAUUAACCUGCAGCUAUCAGGAGAGCGGUGCAGAGCAUGAUCACACGUCUGUAGUGAGAAUGCUGAUCUAAUUCACCAACCCCCAGAACAACACGAGGAUUGUUAGGGGGCUGAAGACCGGGGAGCCUGGGGACUUGCAGAGUUGUCUGACGAAUGGACACACUAAAGAGAAAAUGAGUGUGAAUGGGGCCCUAACUUCACAAGUAGAUUGCAGAAGUUAAUUGCACUGAUUUUCUUCUACACAUGAUACCAAAUAUGUCAAGAAAGUGGGGAAUCUUGUUCUGUGGACUGACAGUUACAAGAAUCCUGGAUUAUUUCAUCUAAAAAAAGAAGAUUUACUGCUUGUUAUGGUUUGUUUCAAGGUCAGGUGUUUUAAAAAUUUUGCUCCUUGCCUCCCCUAGAUAGUGCUUGAAAUCGCCCAACAUGACUCUCGAGCUGGUGCAGCUCCAAUAGGGAAGUAAGGGUGGAAUGCUAGGUAAGCCAGGUCCCUGACAUCUGUAUAUAUUGCUAUUACUCUAGAGACUAGCACUCUCAGGCAUGGGCCGGGAUCCCAGUGUAAGGUGCAGUACAAAACCAGAAACAAAUGCUCUCCCUGUCCUAUGCACACCUGGUCUGGCACCUCAGAAAGUACGGUGAUUAAAUGACAAGCAGCUAAUACUGUUGGUAUGGCAAUGAUGUGACAUUUUUACAGACUCACUAGUGUGGCCUCAGCCAUGCUGAUGUCAGUAAUGCUGCUGCAGUCGAAAUCAGGGCUCUUAAUCGGGUGUUUAAAAUAUGGAUUUAGACAUCCAUUCAGAAAAAACAACUCUGGGUCGUGGAUAUCCAAAUGGCUUGCUACACUGAAAGAUGCAGAGAUCCCUGCCUUCCUGUCUGGCUGAAAAGCUUUGGGAGAUUCCCUGGGGCCUGAUCCCCGUCAUUUCUCCACAUUCUCUGGGGAAAGGACAGGCCUUUUGAAAUCCUUGUUUAAAUAAACUUAAUUGGAAGUUGCAUCAGUGGUUGGUGGGAACUGUAGGAGCCACCAGGAUUAAACAACUCCUCCCCAAGCAGACAUGCAGCUGCGAGGAUACUGGGGAAUCUUGUCCUAAUUAACUGUUGCGUGCUUGGGAGAUGCUGGUUUGCCUUCCUCUGAAACAGUCACUAGCCUUGAGGGGCCACUGCAGUGAGCCUAUAUUCAUGUGCCACUCCAGUUUCUCACCAGCAACAUGAGAGGGUAGGUUAGAAUGUGGAGAUGUGAGGAUUUGUGAGACGAUUCGUCCUUCUAUCCCUACGCACCCCUGUUGCUGCCCAAUGUAUUGUGCGCCAGGCCAGUUGUGUCAUUUCCCAGAUACAGACUUAGUCCAGCCAUUACUCUUUCACCAGGGGCAUGUUUAUUCUACAAGGGCACAUCUACACAACAGGGCUAAAGCCGAAAUAAGCUACACAACUUGAGCUAUGUCAGUUUAAGUCAAAAUAACUUAUUUCAGCUUUUGGCGUUGUCUAGCACUUGUCCUCCAACUUCCCUUCCUCCUCGUACAAUGAGGGUUACAGGAGUCAGAGUAAGAAGUCCUCCAGGUCGAAUUAUUUUGACAAUAUGUUGAAUAACAACUUGCAGUGUAGACGCGGACUAUGUUAUUUCGGAAUAACGUCUAUUAUUCCAAAUAACACCUUCCCCUUGUGUGCUGCGAGGAUUUCAAUGCAGGGUUAUAGGAAGAGAUUUCCAAACCACUGUCACUCCUUAGCCCAGGCUCAUCCUCUGUGCUCCCCUUACUUCCUGCUCCUCCUACUUACAGCCUCCCAAUUGCAUCCUUCACCCAGUGAUUAGCACCUAGACACAGAAAGUAUCUGAUUGGCGCCAAUUAAUCCUGCACUCUUCCCAGUGCUCCAGCAAACACAGGGACCUGGGUGCUAAUGAUAGUUCCUUGUCAUCCUCCUCUCACUGAGUUUUCACCCAUUAUUAGGCCCAGAACAGGAAGCAGCAGGUACAAAGUUCCAUCCAAGUCUUUGUAAAGAGCUGGCAAUUCCAUGACCAGGCAUCCGCUGGGUCUCAGGAAUUUGUUAGCCUGCAGUCUAGACAUAGCCUCUGUGUGUAGAGCUGGGCCAGAAACCAGGAGUCCAAUAAUGAAACAAUUGCUGUGUCAAAUCAAGGAUUGUUUUCUACCAAAACUUUUUUUGCCAGCAGAAUCAGUAGAAACCGGAUGAAAAUUUGCAAGUGGAAUUUCCACUAGUGACAGAAAUGUGAACCAAAAUUAGCUUUUUUCCACUCAAGUUACCCAGAGAGAGCCUGUGUUCCAGACUUAGUUCUUGCACUGUCACUGUCUGUGGAGAAGAGCAUUUUCUUUCUUCAGAAGCUUCCGAGGGGUAGCCAAAUUAGUCUGUAACAGAAAAAACUUAAAAAACACUUUAAGAACUAACAAAAUAUGUAGAUGGUUGACAUUUUUAUUUCAUUACAACACUAAUUACUUGUGUUUUAGUUCUGUAAAUCAUCAUUUUGAAUGGAUUUUGCAGGAUCAGUGAUAAGAAUAUUAUAUAUUUUUCCAUGAAUAGGGUUGCCAGAUGUUCAGUUUUGAACCAGACACUCCAGUAUUUGAGCUUUCUGUUUGGGAAACAAAUUGAGACAAUAAAUAAAAAAAAAGAUUGUGAUGUAAUGUCAAGUGUGUCCGGUAUUUUUGUUGAAACCAUCUGGUAACCCUGUCCAGGAAGCUUGGAACACUCAUGUGGUUGAAAAGGGCACAUUGAGUUCGGUUUCAAAUAUACUCCCCCAACAGUUGUGUAUUUACUAAAACCAUGACAGUUGCUUUCUGUAUUUCCAGUACAGCGGGCAGGGCUCAGAUUUCUGCAGGGGUGUUGGCAUGUUUCUUUCCAGGGGGGCUCAAGCAUCUGCACAACUCUAUUUGUUUUUCCUGAUGUGUGAGGCUGCUGCACUAAAUGAAGCCCUUCUCCUGCACUGUGAUCCUCGUAGGCACAAAGCCCAGCUAGUGUCAAUGAGCUCCAUGUGGACACAAGGCAUUUCCCACAGAGCUCACAGGGCGGGAUGGCAUCUGAGAGAUGACCAUGUUGCAUUUGAUGCCCUCUUGGCCAGAGAUGACCCACACUCUUGAGGGGGGUAGAGUCAGGGCAUGCAACUGCUUCAUGUGUGGCUUCUGGACCCUUUCCUGCUCCCUCUGCCCCUUCCACACCUGCUCCAAGCCAGCACUCUCUUGACCCCUCCCUCUGCCCCUUCUCCACUUUUCCUCAUUGCUUCCCUGCUGCAGGCCCAGCACGGGCUGGAGAGAGCUCCAGACAUCCACAGCUGAGCAGAGAACUGCAGUUGUGUGUGAGGAAAGGACAAGCCUCAGAAGGCUUCCCCACUCCCGCUCUGAUGGAGCUUCACUGCUGUCAGUGAUGGGCACCUUCCAGCAGGGUUGAAUGGGGGCACGCUUCCCCCAUAUCCCACCCUGGCAGAAAUGAGGGGAGCUACAUGACCACCCACAUGUCUCCUGAGCUCCUUACUAUAUGGGAUACAGGUGAAGGGAAAUUAAAACGCCUACAUGAACAUCAGAGCACCACACAUAGGCUAGCAGCAUAGUCCACCAUAUCCAUCUAUUGCUAUGGAAGACACCUAGAACAGGAGACAAUGGAAUAUUUUUAGUUCCUCGGAGCUUGCUAUUCAAAUCAGAAACAAGCAAUAAUCAAAGGACAUCUGCUAUCAUGUCUCCCCUUUAUGCUGUCCAGCAGCUUCACAUUCUCCUGGUGAUGAUCAAAAGCUUGUAGGACCAAAGCCACAAUGUGCAACUUCUGAAGUAUUGAAACUUCAGCUAAAUUGUGCCCUUUUCACCAGCCCUUUAAGGGUACGUCGACACUGCAAGCUUAUUUUGAAAUAAGCUAUUCCGGAAGAAAUACUCCAAAAUAGCACGAAAUAGCAUGUCUACACUCCAGGGAAGCCUCAAAAUUAAUCCAAGGUGGGCUUCCCUAAUGGGGAUGUGCUACAUUGAUAUGUAGCCCCAGGAGGCACAGGGGCAUAAUUACUCUGAAUGGCCCUGGGGGAAGAGCAAUUUUGAAAUAGCAGCAGUGGAACAUCCACACUCCCGCUAUUCUGAAAUAGCUAUUGAGGUUUUGGAAUAAGG